AUGAUUCUCCUACGAAAAAUUAUCAAACCUUCAAUUUAUAUUCGAUCCGCUAGUGGAAUAUCGUUUCGAAUUAAUGAACUCGCGCGAUUCAGUGAUGGAAGUGCCAUAGCUCAAUUAAAUAACACCAGCGUAUUGGUUACAACUGUUAGCAAAGCAAAAUCAUCUUCAAAUCAAUCAUCAUUUUUACCAUUAACUGUCGAUUAUCGAGAAAAAGCAGCAGCCGCAGGUCGAAUACCAACCAAUCAUCUACGAAGAGAAUUAGGUUUAACUGAUCGUGAAAUAUUGACUGGACGAAUGAUUGAUCGGUCAAUAAGACCGUUAUUUCUCAAUGGAUAUGUUUAUGAUACACAAAUCACUUGCAAUAUAUUGUCAGUAGAUGGUAUGGCAGAACCUGAUGUCUUAGCAAUCAAUGCAGCUUCUGCAUCGAUAUCAACGUCUGAUAUUCCUUGGAACGGACCGAUCGCUGCUGUUCGUAUUGGCUCGAUCGACGGAAAAUUCAUUAUGAAUCCAACGCGUGAACAACUACAAAAAAGCGAUCUUAAUUUAGUUGUAUCAGUGAAUCCUAAAGGACAUCUUGUAAUGAUCGAUGCAUCAGCAAAUCGUUUAUCGGAUGAAAAAUUCUUUUCUGCCCUUGAAUAUAGCAUUGAAUGUUGUCUACCAAUAAUCGAUCAAAUAAAAAGUCUCUCAACUAAAACAAAGCGUGCCAAUGUUGAACUACAAAAAUUCGAUAAUGCUUUAAUCGAACGAAUCUCAGUCGUGUCUUAUGAUCGUCUUCUAAACAUCUUUACUGAUUUUACACUUGAUAAAAUCGCUCGUGAUACAGCGAUAAGUGUCGUUCGGCAAGAUGUUAUCAAUGAAAUCGCAUCGAAAGAAGAAACUCUUCCGAAUAAUCUGCCCGAUACAUUUUCAUAUGUUGUUAAAAAAAUAUUUCGUAAUUUAAUAUUUGAUAAAUCUCAUCGAAUGGACGGUCGUCUAUUCGACCAAUUACGUCCCAUUACUUGUAAAAUAAAUCUCUACGAACCAUUACAUGGUUCAGCUUUAUUUCAACGUGGUCAAACACAAGUAUUAUGUACAGUGGCAUUUGACGCGCUCGAUUCACAAUAUCGUAAUAAUGAUUUUGUACUGAGAACUGGACAUAAACGCAAACCAUUUAUACUUCAUUAUGAAUUUCCACCGUAUGCAACAAAUGAAAUUGGCCGCGCAUAUGGAAGAGCUGAUCGAAGAGAACUGGGCCAUGGGGCGUUAGCCGAAAAAGGAGUGGAACCUAUUAUACCGAAUGAACUGCCAUUCAUGGUUAGAUUAACAUCUGAAGUAUUGGAAUCCAAUGGAUCAUCAUCUAUGGCGAGUGUCUGCGCUGCAAGUUUAGCGCUGAUGGAAGCAGGUAUACAGAUUCAUGAGCCCGUUGCCGGUGUUGCUAUUGGGCUUGUGUCAAAAUGUGCUGACGAUGGUUCGGUUACAGAUUAUCGUAUAUUAACUGAUAUUCUUGGUAUUGAAGAUUAUAUGGGCGAUACAGAUUUUAAAGUCGCUGGAACACGAAAUAGUAUAACUGCAUUACAAGCUGAUAUAAAAAAUAUGGAAGGUUUGCCAUUGAAUAUUGUUCAAGAUGCUCUUCGAGCAGCGCGAGAUGCUCGUUGUAAAAUAAUUGACAUUAUGAAUAACACAAUAAGUGAACCCCGAAAAACUAAGAAAUACAAUACACCUGAAUUAGAAACUUUAACUAUUCCAAGUCAUAAACGUGGCCGAUUUCUUGGUAUUGGUGGCUUGAAUUUAAAGAAAAUUCUAACCCAAACAGGCGUCACAAUAGUACCUAUUGACGAAAUCACUUAUUCAAUAUUUGCACCAAAUAAAGAUGCAAUGAAUGAAGCAAAACAAAUCGUCAAUAAGCUUUUAGAAGACAUAAAAGAGCCCGAACUUGAGUUCGGUGGAAUUUACACCGGUAAAAUUGUCGAAAUACGUGCUAACGGCGUUCUUUUACAAUUAUAUCCAACUAUGCCGCCUGUUCUCUUACCCAAUUCACAACUCGAUCGACGAAAAGUUGACCAUCCAAGUGCGUUAGGUUUAAAUGUUGGUGAUGAUUUGCAAGUGAAAUAUUUUGGCCGGGAUCCUGUAUCAGGCACGAUGCGUCUUUCUCGUAAAAUUCUCCUCAAUGUUGGCGGUGUUGGACCUAUCAAAAAUAUGAUUGCAACUGAAAAGGACGAAAAACGACCUGGUAUAUGGGACGUUCGGUCAUCAAAAACACCGAAAUCUAGCGAUAAUAAAGAAUAG